AUGUUCCUGGUCGCGGCUACCGCUGCUCCGGUCCCCGCCGCUGCCCCGACCCUCGUCUGCAAGACAACGGUCCAGGUCGACGACUCCAGCUUCACGAUUGAAUUGCGGCCCGACUGGGCGCCCGCCGGCGUGGAGCGUGUCCUUGGGAUGGCGAAGUCGGGCUUCUUCGAGCAGCUUCCCUUCUUCCGCAUGCUUCCCAACUUUCUCGUCCAGUUCGGAAUCUCGACGAGCGCGGAGAAGCAGAGGCACUGGCAGUCGCAGGGCAACAUCCGCGACGACCCGCGGCCGGCCGGCGUGCCGUUUACCGACGGCAUCCUCUCGUUCGCGGGCUACGGGACGGACUCUCGCUCCACCCACCUCUUCAUCACGCUGGGCAGCCAGCCCGGCCUCGGCCACAGGCAAUGGGAGGUUCCCGUCGGCCGCGUGGUGAGCGGGAUGCCCGUGGUGCGAGCAAUCUACUCGGGGUACGGUGACGCGCCGGACCAAGGGCGGAUGCAGCCCGACCGGCCGGACGCGGCCAAGUACCUUGCCGACAAGUUUCCAAAGAUGGACCGGAUCGACAGGCGCGGGGCAACCUUGGGCGUGUCGCAGAUCUGA